AUGGCGGUACUCGCUGCCAUUCUACCCGUCGUAUCGAGGAGUUCGGCUCUGGCGCUGGGCUUGUUCAGGAUAGCGGCUGAAUCACCUGAGGCUGCCCAGGAGCUCGUCGCUGUCGCGAAUAAGAUUAAUGCUUUUGCGAGUAUACUCAAGCAGGUUGGGACCAUUAUCAAGGAGGACGAUCGCUUGCCUUCGCCAGAGGCCGUUGAUGCGUUGGACGACGUCAUAGAGCAAUCCCAACAUGUCUUGACCAGCUUCGAAUCAGCCACAUCAAUCGAGGGAACCCAGCAUCAUGGCCGAAGAGAUAGUGCUAGUUCUGUGGGAAGCACUGGAUCCCAGCCGGACCCAUCUACGAAGACAAGGUUGGCAUACCUGAUGGCUCAUCUUGAAGCUUUGAGUACGACUUUGUCCGUCUUGCUUCAGACAUUAUACACUGCACAAAGCAUCAUGUGGUCAAAACUUCGUCCUACGGUUUCGCCACAGCAAGCUGCCAGAGUUGUUGACCAUGAAAAAACUCAACUAGAGACUCUCAUCAUUCAGCAACAACUGGCAAUACUAUUUGCCUUGACUAUUUUCGAAACUUCCUCGAAAUCAGAUGCGCGCACAAUGGAAGAAGAAAGCCCACAAAGUCUGAUCAGCACGGAUAAAGACCAAACGCCCAAGCCAUCCAAUCUCUAUCCAUACCACAAUAAAGAGUUAUUCAACCUUGAUACAUCAGGGUCUAAUGGCCUGCCUUCUGUAUGCAAGAUUUCUGCAUCACAGGCCGAACACCUGCUUCAUCAGUGGACCAGUUUGCGUCAGUUCGAAAGGCGUCUUGAGGACGAAGAACACGAACAACGGAGACAAAGACAGCAGGCUCAACAAGCCACUGUUGAAUCAGAUAGCGAGGAAGACCACAGCAAACGUUCUAAGAAACUGGGCGAUGGUGUAUGGCGAUCACGCAGAUCACCAAGUGUACAACCGUUAUUCACAGCGAAGAAUAUGCCCAGUCCAGAGUCGGAGAAGCAGUUUGGUCCUCAGGCACCCCGAACACCCGCAGACACGCCUCAUACACCUCAAACAAGUAUCUCAACAACUUCAUCAUCAGGGAACAGUUCAGGAGGUCCCCCGGUCGAUGCCGCUGCCGCCGUCGAAGCCAAGGAAGACGCCAUCGAAGCCGAUCUUGAAAUACCCUGGAGGCUGUGCACGCGGAAAUACCAUUGGCGAUUUAUCGAUGCCAAGCAGGUCGACUCCAACACCGAUCAACCGCCAUCAGUUGCCUUUGCAGAGCGCAACAGCUGGACCGAGAUCAUGGCGAGCUGGGUGUGCAAAGAAGCCAUCCAAGAAGCGCGGCUGCCAUUCACCCAAGUUCAGAAAGAGAAGCAAGAUGGUCGAAGAACCACAUUUGAGACAUGCUUCUGCAUUGCGCGGCCACUGCAAUUCGACCAAGUCAACCGUCUCGUAGAACGCACAGUUGAGAUAUACCGGGAAAAUGCACCGCCUACUCCGCCAGCUCAGCCAAAGGCUAGAUCAUCAUCUUUCCACCAACCAUCAGUCAGUGGUAAGAAAGGCAAUCAUUUCGAUCAAACUCGUACACCGGUAACCAGAGCCACACAUCCACCUCUCGAUCGCGCAAAGAGACUUGCACCAGGAGGAUUACCAUCAGGAGGACUUGCACCACCAGGAGUACCACCCCCACCGCUAGACCGUUCCAAGUCGACACCAGGCCCAGGCCUCGUGCCUCCACUCCCCCAAACCGCCAUAAACUCACGCACCCCAAACCUGCAAAUCCCAGUUCCCACAGGACAGCACUACAGCCACCAUGCUCCGACACUUUCUCACUCUCCGCGACACGCAUAUUACUCACAGCAAGCCAGCGGGUACCCCACACAGCCAAUGCAGGCCAGUGCACCACCAUACUAUCCCCAUCCACACAUCCCAAGUUCCGCCUCAACGCCAGCCACAAUCCCCCCACCCCCACCGCCAUCCCGCCACUACUACAACACGGACACCAACACAGAAACCGACACAGACACCGACACGCCAACUUCUGACUCUGAACCCUCGCGUCCGCAUCGCACCAGACGCUCCGCCGAGCGCAGCCGCUCCCGCUACGCAGAUCGGUAUGCAGAUCGGCCGGCGCCGAGGCGGAGUUAUGAAACGAGGAGAAAGAAGAAGAAGAAGGCGAGUGCGGGGGCGCUGUUGGGUGUUGGGGGUUUGACUGCGUUGUUGGAUGGGUUGGGGGGACUGUAG